AUGAUCUUGAACAUUGUCUCGUUCAUGGCCAUUUGUUGUUCGACAUUCCACUUCGAGCAGGCUAUGAAGUUCGAUGUAGUUCACAGCCUGACUUCAUCGACAGCCUUUUGCGUUUUGCGCAUUGCGGCUUUCACCACCUUUCUUGUACAACUGGCGUGCUCGUCUUUGAUGUUGGUGGGAAUGUCGUCCGUGUUGACAUUGGACUUCAUUUGCCAUAUGGGCAGCACUGUACAAUUCCACGCUCAAGAAGUGAUUUGGGAGAUUGGCAACUUUACCCUAACAGGUCGCGACCCAUUUGAUCCUUACCAUACUGGCAAUCUGGGUGAAACCAAAGCUGCGGACACCAGAUUUGUGAGUGUGGCAUCGAUGAUGCAGCACCUGAGUCUCGAGAGAUUCUGCCCAUACUCGGAGAACGUUGGAGCGCAACUCUUCAUCUUUUGGAGCAGCGGCAUCGCGUCACUAGUGAGCCAAGCACUGAUGGCGAUUGCCCUGAACGGUGAAAAGGAGCGAAUCAGCGUCCACGAAGAGCAUGUGUGGUAG